AUGGGCGGGGGUACGGAUGAAGGCACGGAUACGGGUUUCUCGACAGAGGACGAGCUCGCGUCCGGCGCCGAUACCGACAAAGACUCUUCCUACCGCGACACGCUGCGCGACGCCGAGGCGAUGCGCGUGGUGCACGUCUACUUACGGCUUGCGCCGGCUCUGCUCCUCGAGCGCCUUGAGCAGCGCAAGGGGCACUUUAUGAAGGCGGCAAUGCUCGAGUCGCAGCUCGAGACACUCGAAGAGCCUUAUGUAGACAAAGAGCGCGACAUCCUGGUCGUCGACAUUGUCGCCGACUCGUCGCCCGCGAUGGUCCUCCACAUGGCGACACAAGGGCUGGAAGCGCUGCUAUAG